AUGAAUCUGACGCUGAGUGCCGAGCCUGGGUUAUUCCUGACCAACAGCUCGCCGGGCAUGCGGGGCUAUCCCGUCACUGUCUCCCACAAUGCCACACUCCUGCCCACGGUGACGUAUGACCCACUCGGCGGUCAUACCAUCUGGCAAGUCAUUAUAAUCGUGUUCUUGUGCGGGUCGCUGUCGUUAGUCACCAUCAUUGGGAACAUAUUAGUCCUGGUGUCGUUUAAAGUGAACAAGCAGUUAAAGACGGUGAAUAACUAUUAUCUGCUCAGUUUGGCAUUUGCGGACCUCAUUAUUGGAAUACUGUCGAUGAACCUCUACACAACGUAUAUAGUCAUGGACCAGUGGGCAUUAGGGAAUUGGGCAUGUGACCUGUGGCUGGCCAUCGACUAUGUGGCUAGUAAUGCAUCUGUCAUGAACUUGUUGGUUAUCAGUUUCGACAGGUACUUUUCCGUGACGCGGCCACUAACGUAUAGAGUGAAACGGACCACUAAGAGAGCGAUGACGAUGAUUGGACUCGCCUGGUCCAUUUCGUUUGUCCUAUGGGCACCCGCCAUUCUCUUCUGGCAGUACUUUGUCGGAGAACGGACGGUUCUUCCCGGCGAAUGUUACAUUCAGUUUCUCUCCGAGCCGAUAACCACUUUCUGCACAGCCAUCGCCGCGUUCUACCUGCCCGUCACCAUCAUGACUAUCCUCUACUGGCGGAUCUAUAAAGAGACGGAAAAUCGCUCCAAAGAGCUCGCCGGCUUAAAAGGUUCAGGAAGCCAAGGGACUCAUGGAAGUUUGGAGGAAUCUGUCACCAUGAUGACGGGCAGCUCACUCAGUCACAGCAGGAACCAGAGCCAGAGGAGUUCCGGGAUGAAGAAAAGUCGCUUUUGGUUUUGGAGUCGUAAAGGCUGGAGCGGUCGCAGCGACACGGACCGAAGCAGCAGCGACAGCUGGAAUAAUAACGAGACGGCCGUCUCCAUCGACCAAUCGGAUGAAGAGGAGGACGGAGAUGAACCCCGAGCCAUCUACUCCAUCGUACUGAACAUGCCUGGUAUCAAAGGAGGCGGAGACUCAGAAAGGCUCCGCCCAUCCAAAGACGAGCCAUUAAAGCCAGAUGCGGAGGAGAAACGUUCAAGAAAGGGAGUUUCCAAAACAUCCGGGCAUUCCACGCUGGACUCGAAGGCUUCCGUGAGCUCAAAAGAUCAACCCAACGCCAACGUCUCCUUCAAAGACGCCACUCUGGCCAAACGCUUCACAUGCAAGGCCAGAACGCAGGUCAAUAAGCGCAAGAAGAUGUCCCUCGUGAAGGAGAAGAAAGCGGCACAGACGUUGAGCGCCAUUCUGUUGGCCUUCAUCAUCACGUGGACGCCGUAUAACAUCAUGGUUCUGGUGAACACGUUCUGUAACGAGUGUAUCCCGCAGAGCCUGUGGGCUUUGGGCUACUGGUUGUGUUACGUCAACAGCACGGUGAACCCCAUGUGUUACGCGCUGUGCAACAAAACCUUCCGUAUCACAUUUAAAUCCAUCUUACUGUGCCAAUGGAACAAGAGGAAACAAAACAAACCACAAUACCAGCAGAGGCCGCCAGCGAUCGCCAACAGGAGAAAAAGCCCUGCGGAAAACUAG